AUAUAAAAUCCAAACACCUUGUAUAUAUACUGGAAGUGGUUAAACUGAGGUGCAAAGCCCAACUGAGAGAUAUGCACUCCAUCACCUCUCUUGUAAGAGCUUGUGUAUUUUCUGAAUGAUACACUGUCAUUGGUCAAUAUGUUAACCAUUAGAGUAGCUGCUGCAACAUAAUUGGCUGAGGGACGAAGAGGAGAUGGAGUCGCUGCAAUUGAGAAAAUCCAUAAAUAGGGCACAAGAACAUACAACACACAGAUGCAGCUGCGCCAGCUUGACAUUCAACAUUUUUAUAUUAUCCAUCAGUACAAGAGCUCCAGUAUAUUUAGAGGUUUGUAGGAAGCUGCAGAGGAACAACCAAUCCAAAAGGUCCUCCACAUAGAGUUUCUGGGUUUAUACUGCAAAAACAGGCAACUGGGAUUGGGAAGCAUGUCUCUGGAAGUAAAGGAAAAAACAGAAGUGAGUUUGGUCUUCAUGGGUGCUGCAGGUGUGGGAAAAACAGCCUUGAUAAGACGAUUCCUUCAAGACAGCUUUGAGCCCAAACAUCGACGUACAGUCGAAGAGCUCCACAGCAAAGAGUACGAGGUGGCCGGAGUCAAAGUGACCAUUCACAUUAUGGACACGAGCGGCAGCUAUUCCUUCCCAGCCAUGCGUAAGCUCUCCAUCCAAAACGGAGAGGCUUUCGCCCUGGUCUACUCGGUGGACGACCCCGAAUCGCUGGAAACUGUCAAGAGCCUGCGUGAGGAAAUCCUGGAGGUCAAGGAGGACAAGCUCACACCCAUCGUGGUGGUGGGCAACAAGAAAGACCGUGUGCAGGAACGAAGGGUGUCUGCAGAUGAAGUCCUGGCCACGGUGGAGCUGGACUGGCACAACUGCUUUCUGGAGGCCUCGGCCAAAGAAAAUGAAAACGUGAUGGAGGUUUUCAAAGAGCUGCUUCAGCAAGCCAACCUCCCGAGCCGCCUGAGCCCAGCACUGCGCCGCCGCAGAGAGACCUUUCCCAAGGAGGUAGGGGUACGACCUCCUAUGAACAAGACCAACAGCUGCUCAGUCUCCUAAAAUCGGUGAGAAACAGCCAGCAGAGGAUAGCUCGAGUCAAGUCACGUCUCAACGGACAAAAGACGAUGAGGAUGGAUCUUUGAAGCAGCAGAACGAUGUUGUUACGUAGCAACCGCUUAUUAUCCCGCUUUGAAAUCAGUAUCAUCUUUGUCUCCGGAGACAAACAGACUGAUUACUGACAAAAGGGAAAAUGAUUGAGAGACACUUGAGUUUUGGAUGUGGAAAGAAUCUGUUGAAUGUUUUGAGCUCCAAAAGUUCAGUUUUGUGAUCUGUGUAAAGAGCUUUGGCAAUAUUUAAUCAUGUGUGUGUAUCUUAACAUCCUAUUGUGGCACUUGAAUAUUGUAAAACUGUUUAUACAGAAUGAAGACAAAGAUAAAAAAAUUAUAACUAUAUGACACUUUCAUUGCUUUACAAAUCACUCCAAGUGUUAUAGCGAUUGUGUUCAUUGUUUACUUGUUGUGAUCAUAUGCAUCUGUGAUUGUAACUGUUCACUAUGCCAAAAAAUAUAAUGUGUUGCACUGGUUUGUUUGUUUUUUUCUACACUCUUAGAAAGGAUGUGUUAAUUUUGUACACAUCAUUGUGUGUGGUAAGCUUUUAACACAUUAUGUGUCAUUUUGUGUUGAUUUUGUGUUAAAAUAUAACACAUGUUGUAUUAAAAGUAACACAAAUUGUGUUGUUUCAAUAAUAACACAGAGAUGGGUGAAUUUUUAACACAUUCGUUCUAAGAGUGUACCUUGAUCAACAACAAUAAACAACAAAUGGAACAUCAAAGGCAUUCUGACAGCAAUUAUGUUAAAUGAUUUGGCAAUUCGUCUUUCAUAAAUAAAGCA